CGGUAUGCAACAAGCAGUGAAUUUGAAAAUUCGAACACAUCUGUCAGUCAAAUCAACACAAAACUCGGUGACAACGACAAUAAUUUUUCACCGCAAAAUAUAACAAAACCAAGAGGGAUUUAGCAAAAUGCCGGAAAACCCAGGCAACGGCAAGGUGCCGCAGCUUGCCUCGCCCGUGGCAAGGUUCGGGGCUGGAGACAUCUCGGAGAGGGAGCUGUCUCAGGAGCGGCAGAACUUGAGAACCACCACCCCGCCCACGCGCGUCCAACCAGCUCACCCCAAAAAGCAGUUGUUCUCGACCCCUGUAAGCAAGUUUACCACCAAGCACUGCGGGCCCAGCGCCAACCUGCAGAGGAUCCGCAGCUGCCUCGAGGAGUACAGGACUCAGACCACGCCAGCUCGCCCAGCUAAGAUCGGGCCUAAAGCUGUGUCUAUGGAAGACCUGACGCCUAGCAAGCGAGUGAGGAUUGAGAGGAACGGCGGAGAUCUACCUGUGGUGAUGUCCCCGGGCCCGCAGACAGCAGUGGAAGUGCAGGCGGCGAUGAAGAUAGCCAAGUUCCUGAUGAUGAGCGCGUGGCGCCGCAGGAGGGAAGAGGUGCGCUGUCUGCGGAAGACGCUGGAGUUUCAGGUGUCCUGUUCGGAACGUCUGCGCAUCCAAGUGUCCACAUUGAAGUCCCUACUGGACUCGGACAAUGCGAAGGUCCGGCUGGCGAUGAGGGAGCUCGAGCGACUGAAACAGCUGGUCAGAGAGAAGGAGAUGGAGAAGGCAGUGCUGGAGAGGGAAAAAAUCGCACUCGAAAAGGAUGUCUGUGCUGCAGAAGACCAGGCAUCGGAAAUGAGCAUUGGUGCACAAAAGUCAGAAACCUUCACCAUAACUGUCGCAGGCUGGCGCAACUGCCGCAACGAGCUGGAAAGCGUGCGCACGUCGGCGAGCCUGUGUGAGCUGGCGCUGGGCGCCGCGCGGGCGGACGCGGCCGACGCGCGCGCGCAGAGCGACCACGCCUACAAUAGGCUAUCUUUACUGGAAGAGGAAUUGGCGCAGCACGAAGCUUUGUUAUCUGCCGCCGAAGAAGAAGUGGCUACGCUGAGGAGAGAAGCAGAUGACAGACAGCGCGCUCUGCAGAUUACCAGCGACGAACUGGACAUUGAGCGGGAAGCGCGCAACCGCUGCAGCAGGGAGUGCGCUGCGCUGUCGGCGCGCGUGUCGCUGUCGGCGGAGGAGAGCGCCGCGCUGAAGGCCGCGCUGGCCGAGCUGCGCGUCGAGCUGGCGCGGCUCGCGGGGCAACUCGCGGACACCAGGGAACAGCUGGGCUGGUGGCCGAGGCCGCUCACCAAGUUGCUGGGGUUAACCCGCUCCUGGUUCCGCGCCCCGCUCUCGUUCCCCGAGGCCGUCAUCUGGUCCUUAGUCCCCGCCCGACAUGGAUGCUGAUGAAGUAUCAUGAUUGAAGAUAGUUUUAAUCAAAUUAUGUACUCCUCUGGUUCAGUGAUCCCAAAUGGAUCUGGCGUCUUAAUAAAGGUCAAAUUUAAGCCGACGGUAUAAUAAUCUGAGAAUGAAAAAAAUCUUGUUACUAAGGUCGGUGCAGACCGACUGCGUAGUAAACGAGCAUUGCUAUGCCAUUGUAUGGAAUUGUAUAAAGCUACACUACGCUUCAUGUCACAAUAUAAUUCUAUACAGUAAAUGCGCACCGGGUAUUAUGCAUUUGGUCUGCACCGGCCUUAAGAAUUCAAAUUAGUCAACAUUGAUUGGUGAAUGUUUCUCACCAUAGUUAUAUGUUUUGUGAUUGGUAAGUAUUUUGGAUUGAUUUUAGACGUUAUUUAGUGUAUUUGUAGGAGUUUUGUUCGCGGUGUCGGUGACAGGUUUGUUAUAAGUUUUCUCUUAGAUUUUGUAAGUAGGCAUUUGCGAUUAUGAUUACAGAUAAUUAAAAAU